AUGGCAAAGAAAUCUGCCAACCCCGCGGACGCUUAUCGAAAAGCGCAAAAAGCAAAAGAGUUGAAGAGGAACAAAGAGGAGAGGAAAAAGAUAAGAGAGGAUAAGAAUGUGAAAAGGGAUACCAGAGAAUUAGAAGUCGAGAUUCAAGCGCUCAAAUCACAAGGCAAUGGCAAAAAGUUAUCUGAAAUCACUCAAGCAAAGAUCAAAUCCCUCGAAUCCGAGCUAGCCUACGUCAACAAGCUCAAAGAGAAAUAUGUCGCUGAACAUCCCGAUUUGAGGGAUAAAAUAUAUAAAUCCCAUUCUGAUCGACCGAAACAUGUUACAGAUGGAGAAGAAGGGGACGAUGACCAAGUUGAUUCUGGAGAUGUGAGAAGGUUAUAUGAUGAACAAGGACGUUUGAGAGAUCCUAAGAGGAGCGUGUAUUAUGAUGCGGUUUAUAAUCCUUAUGGGGUACCACCGCCUGGGAUGCCUUAUUUGGAGAGGACACCUGAGCCCGAACUUCCUCAAGAAGACGACGACGACGACCAGGGAGAGGAGGAAAUCAUCAUGCCUUCUGGUCCACCACCGAAACCUCCUUCACCACCGCAAUCCGACUCUGACUCUGACGCUGAUUCCGACGAUAUUCCUCUUCCCCCAGGACCACCACCACCCAAACCCUCUCAACCUUCCCGAGGGCCGAAACACAGGCCGACGGCUUCCAUUCCAAUGUUACCACCACUAAACUUUGCAUCAACAUUCUCUGCUCCUCCGAUCCCCUUCCCUGACCCUAGUCAAUUCCAUUCCGAUCCAUCCUUUUAUCCAAAUCCAGGUCCGAGUUUCUCAGGUUAUCGUCCUCGUCCACAAAGACAUAUACCAAGAGAAAUCCAAGAUCCGUUGUCUGAUGCACCCACGCAAACGUAUCAAGGUCAUCGCGCGGCGAUGCACGAACUCCCAUCUCGACCUCCUCCACCCUCGGGCCUUCCUCCAUCUAAUGGGGCCGGAACUGGUGCUUCCACCUCUGGCGAUUUAUCAGCUAACAGGGUAUCCGGAUCAGGUGCGACGAUCUCUGCCGAACCUCAACUGAGGGAUCUGAGAAAAGAAGCCACUGCUUUCGUUCCUAGGGGAGUCAAACGAAAGCUUGCCCAUGGUCCCACGGUCAAUGCUGCGCCAGGAGCGGGAGUGGUGGAUGAAGAAGGUGAUCAGGUCAGGGUGAAGGAUACUGGACCUAGUCUGUUGGGAAAGUUGCAAGGUGUUUUAGGAACGAGAGAUCCGACAGAGGUUAGAAAAGGAGUGUUCGUCACUGGCAACGCUAAUAAAUUAAAAGAAGUCAGAGCUAUCCUAUCAAGCUCAGGAAUACAAGUCUCAUCUCAAUCUGUCGAAGUACCGGAAAUACAGGGAAGUACACAGGAAGUCGCCUUUGCUAAAUGUUCCGCUGCUGCUGAGAAGCUAGGAACAGCUUGCGUGACGGAAGAUACUGCUUUAUGUUUUCACGCCCUAGACGGAUUACCUGGUCCUUAUAUCAAAGAUUUCAUGACUAAACUGGGUCAUGAUGGCUUGAACAAACUCCUCGUUGGUUUUGACGACUACAGAGCUACGGCCCUCUGCACAUUCGCCUAUUCCCCCGGUCCUGGUCACUCUCCGAUACUGUUCGAAGGUAGAACAGAAGGACGUAUCGUUCCCCCUCGUGGACCGGCGACUUUCGGCUGGGACGCAAUUUUCGAGCCUUCGUCCCCAGAAGGUGACGGGAGGACUUAUGCGGAGAUGGAUGGGGAAAAGAAGAAUGGGAUAAGUCAUAGGUAUAAAGCUUUGAAGAAACUUUGUGAGUAUUUGGAAAAAGAGGGAAAUGUGGAGUAGAAUAUCAUUGUCAUGAACUUGUCACGAGAUGAUAAACACAUUUAACAUCAUCAUCAUCU